AAAGGAAAAGACAGAAGAAAAGCCUGUAAAGGAGCAUAAACAGCUAGCGUAGCUCUGUGUGUUACAAGGUUUUUGGUUGUUGGUUGAAUUGGCAACCCUUCAAGACAAAUUCAUCUAAAAAAGAUCGAGCGAAUACACCACCGCUCACUUUUUAGGUGUCAUACCCUGAGGGUCACAUUUUCUCCUGUACACUAACUCUAACUCUACCGGCAGCCCCGUGACUCAAGAAAAUAAUGUGCUGCAGUUGAAGAUGGGGGGUAGUGGCUCCAAAUCCAAAGGAUUUUGGCCUUUUUCUGGCUCAGGUAGUGGAGAGGAUCCUGCCAAAGAUGGAAACGAACAGUCACUGGCGAGAAUGCGAGGUUUCCCAGGUGCCACACCUUUUGUGUUUACCAGACGAAGCUCUAUGUUCUUUGACGAAGAUGGUGACUUGGCCCACGAGUUCUAUGAAGAGGCAGUUGUGACAAAAAAUGGACGUAAAAAAGCCAAGCUGAAAAGGAUUCAAAAAAACUUAACACCUCAGGGAAUUAUAAAGCUGGACCACCCAUGCAUCCAUGUAGAUUUCCCAGUUAUCCUCUGUGAAGCCUGACAGUCACUGAAUUUCUCGGACAAGCCACUGUGUCAGCUCCGUCCCGUGGUUUCCCUGACAGAUGGAAGCCCGACCCACCUUUCAAAAUAACAUGAUCUCUUGAUAUAUCUGAUGCCCUUGUGUGGACUGACUGCUACAUUGUGUGCUAAGCCUAUGCAUGUGAUCUUUUUUUGGCUUGUGUGCAGUGAGAUAUGGGAUAGUCUACCAUCGGGGAUGAGGAGAUUUGCCAAGCAGGCAAAAUCCUCUCAGUUUAUCGAGAUCAUGGUUUGCCUGCAUGUCGGAGUGAAUGUGUGCAAACACAAAAUGAUACAUGAAAGAGUCCUGAGGUUGUUUUUCUUUUUUUUUUUCAUGCAGAUUCUUUUCUGAUCUGAUUAAUUGAGCUCAUGGAGUUUAAGGAGAAUGUUAUAUGUCAUGAUCUCAUAUUAGAAAAUUGUCCUUGAACAGUUUAGUUUUUUCACACUAUUUCGACUUGCUUAUACUGCAUGGGACAGGAUCAGCCUAUGAGCAGUAUCCUAGGGAGUUGACAAUCAGUGGCCCACAAAAAUGUCAAGUGGAUUAAUUUCCGAUUAAUGUUGGAAGGACUUGCUUUGAUGACCUCAGAGCCACACAUGUAAACAACAGCAGUGAUUCUAAUAAGAGAUCCUGUUGUUUUCUUUGCUGCUUUGGCAUAAUGUGUUCACAUUUAAUUUAUUAAAUCAGUUUUUUUUUUUAUUACAAACCCAAAUGCUGUUGUCAUUUUCCUGUUUUUAUAUCAAUAAAUAACAUAGCAGC